UAGAGGAAAACUCUCCUAGAUAUAUAUUCUCAAACAGGUCUUGGACAUAGAAUCGAGGCCAGUGGGGCGACGAGAGAGUAAAGAGUUGCUCGUCUGAUUACAUUUACACAAUGGCGUAGCACCCUAGCACGUACUAGGGUUUUGGAAGAGGCCCAGGGAAGACACAACACUAGAAACUGGGGAAUCUUUUCUUUUGCUAAUAGAACAGUUCCCGCCAUCAGAUUUCUUUAAAGUUUUGAAGACGACAGAUGAACUUUCCCGCGAAAUUCGCAGAAAGAUUGUCCCUUGAUUUUGCGCUCUGUCCAUCUCUCGAAGGUGCUCUUUAGGAUACUGUCAGUUCUUUUCCUAUAUCUCUCUCUGUAGGUACGUGUGUGUGCGUGUGUCCGCGCGACUGCGCCUGCCUCAAUAGAUUGUAGAAAGUCGUUUCUUCUCUGCUCCUGUUUUGAUGUUUUCGCUGCUUCCAAACCCAUGUAAUGGUCCGGCCAAGUUGGGUUUUUUCAAAUUGCUACACCAAAAGAGUAGACUGGUAGGAGGUUUCUCUUAUAAAAUGGCUUGUGGUUUGAAUAAAUGCGACUUGGGCCUAGAGAGAAAGACGGGGGUUGUUCUUCCAGCCAACGAAGCCUAUGCUGAGGAGGCCAUUGCUGCUAUCAGAUUUGACAAAGUUGUUGCAGUGCCAACCGAUACGCUCUAUGGAUUUGCUUGUGACGCCUGUUCUACAGAAGCAGUGAACAGAAUAUAUGAAAUCAAAGGACGUAAGCAGACAAGCCCUCUAGCAAUUUCUGUCGGGGAUGUACAAGACAUAAGCCGUUUUGCUGUCAUUGAGCAUUUGCCUCAUGGGUUGCUUGACGAUCUCCUUCCUGGACCAGUGACUGUUGUGCUAAGGCGAGGCGAUUCUAGUAUUCUUGAGAAGUCCUUGAAUCCAGGAUUGGAUAGUAUUGGUGUCAGAGUGCCAGGCUCCAACUUUAUUCGGUCCAUCGCACGUGGUUCUGGAAGUGCUCUGGCCCUUACAAGUGCAAACCGAAGUGGGCAGCCUAGCAGUGUGUGCAUUAAAGAUUUUCAAGACCUUUGGGAGUACUGUGUCUAUGUUUUCGAUGGUGGUCUGCUCCCUUCAGGACGUUCUGGAUCAACAGUUGUGGAUCUCACCAACAUAGGAAAGUACAAGAUCCUUAGACCCGGGAGUGCCAUGGAAGAGACUGUAGCAGUUCUCAAGAGAUAUUCCAUAGAAGAAGCAACAGCAACUUGAAAGAGGCCACUUCAGAAUAAUACAGUAGUUUACCUUAUCUUUCACUAAGAUACAAAGGCUGAGAUAUUGCGUGGAUGAUGCAAUAAUUGGCAGACAUGCUUCGCUGAAUGAUUUUAUCUCAUUUAAACAAGCAGCUUUGUACUGAUUGUAUCUCUGUUGUACCAAACAAUAAUAUGCUCACAUGAGAAAAGGGGAAUAUGUUUUUGAUA